AUGGAUCUGCGAUGUGAUCUAGCUGCUAUUGAGAACACAACAACGACCAUAUCUGCCUUAGUCGGCAAGAUAUUGGACACUUUGGAACUAAUUCCUUGUGUUAUAGACCAAACUGAAAACAAUAAUGUACCGCUGGAGGACGUGAAAAGACUCGAAUUUGCAGUUAAAGCAACUCUAGAUGUUUUGACUAAACUCACAAAAGAGGAUUGUAAGUUGACCGACUGCACCGUCAUUCUUCCUAAUGUUAACAUUGUGCCACUGUACUAUUUCAUAUUGGCGCUGAUGGCCAACGAAGGCAUUGGUAAUUAUAAUUUUUUGAUGAUGGAGUCUUUCCUUGAGGCAGGCGAAUCAUUCGAUUGCAUAUCAGUAACAGCUCUUUAA